AUGCCUAAAUUUCCCCGGGACAUUGGGGAAGCUUGCCUUCCUUUCGACCCCGUAGACCGAGGGGAGGUGCCACUGGGCCACCAGAGGGCGCCAACCAGGAUGCAGCGAACCACAGUGACAGUACAGCCGCCGCGGACUCCCUCCUGCCAGCGACCCCCUUUCUGCCCUUUUGCGGCCCUGAACCAACAGCCCAAGCCUCUGGGAACCAAGCUGCCCAAGAAUCGAGGUGUGGAUCUGGGUGUGGCAAUCAUCCUGCAGUCCAGCGACAUGACCGUCUUGUUGACCCGAAGGACACACACCUCAGUUUCCCCCAACCUCUGGGUACCCCCAGGUGGGCACAUGGAACUUGAUGAAGAGCUGCUGGACGGAGGGCUUCGAGAGCUUUAUGAGGAGAGUGGACUACAGCUGCCCCAGGGCCAGUUCUCUUGGGUCCCUCUGGGGUUAUGGGAGUCUGCCUACCCUCCUAGGCUGAGCUGGGGUGUCCCCAAAUACCAUCACAUCAUUCUCUAUCUACUUGUGGUCUCCCAGGAGUCACAGCAGCAGCUGCAGGCACCGAUCCAACGAAAUCCAAGUGAGGUGAGCACCUUUAUAUGGCUGGAUGCAGAUGUAGCAGCUGCAGUGGCCGCCACAGAGGAUGGGACAGGGACACCGAGACAUCCCUCCCAGGACCUACCACCCUCUGUCCUUGCAGUGGAACUACAGGAGGAUGGAAGAGUGCGACCUCUAGCUGUGCCCAUGUCCACACUGCUGCAGACAACCCCAACCACCGCAGAAGUCAAAGGUGGCAGCACUGGGACCAAGUUUGCCCUCAGGCUCUGGCUGCAACAUCUGUGCAGGAAAGGGUGA